AUGUGUGACUACAGAAGAAUCCGAUUCGACGAUCAUGUAGACUUGGAAGAAGUGAAGGCCCUCGCGGCGCUCAUGACUUACAAAUGUGCCUGCUCAAAUAUACCUUUCGGCGGGGCUAAAGGAGGAGCGGGAAUAGAUGUGCCCGCGCCUGACGUCAACACAUCCGGUCGAGAGAUGUCGUGGAUAGUGGAUACUUACGUUAAAACUUUCGGAUACCAAGACCUGAACGCUGCGGCUUGCGUUACGGGCAAGCCCAUCAACGGCGGCGGCAUCCACGGCCGUGUGGAAGCCACGGGUCGUGGGGUCUUCAUGACUAUCAACUAUUUUGUCCACGAAGAGCAGUGGAUGAAACUAAUCGGCCUCGAGCCCGGAUUUAAGAACAAAACGGCAAUCAUCCAGGGGUACGGCAACGUGGGCAGCUACGCAGCUAUCUACCUGCAGCAGAGCGGCGUGAAAGUCACCACCGUGCUUGAGAGAGACUGCAACCUUAAGAACGACGAUGGGAUUGACACAAAGAAAUUACUGCACUACAAAGAAAAUAACAGAGGCAGCGCUAAGGGUUUUCCGGGGGCUAAGGAAGUGGGCCCUGAGGCGUUUUUCGAAAAAUGCGACAUCUUAGUCUUGGCGGCCAUGGAGAAAGCGGUAACUCAAGAAAACGCGGGAAAAUUGCAGUGUAAGAUAAUCGCGGAGGGUGCGAAUGGACCCACCACCCCAGCGGCAGAUUUUGUUCUCCACGAGCGGUCAGUGCUGGUGCUGCCCGACCUGCUGGCAAACGCGGGCGGCGUCACCGUCUCCUACUUCGAGUUCCUCAAGAACCUCAACCACGUCAGCUUCGGCAAGCUUAGCAUCAAGUUUUGGCGGGACUCCAACACCGCGCUACUUGAUUCUGUUGAAAAAUCACUGAAGGCUAGCAACAUUGACGCGAAGAUCUUGCCAACGCCUGUGUUCCAGUCCAUGAUGUCCGGAGCUAAUGAGGAGCAAAUUGUCAAUUCGGGCCUGGAGUACUCCAUGACGAAGGCUUGUCAG